AUGGAAGUGUUUGCAGCGAUUAGUGGUGCUGUGAUGCUUGUCAACCAAGCCGGAGAAGCUUUGGGAGCUGUGAACGAAUUGCUAUCCAGUGGUCAGGGACGACAUAAUCUACUUGUAGGGAAAGCACAGCCCGGAGAUAUUCUGUUACACGAAGAGCAAAAACGUCCCGGUUAUAAAAUGCUAGGUCGUGUAACCCACGUUUUUCAAUACAGCGGGAACAGGUUGAUCACUGCUGUAGUGGCCAAAGAUAACUGGGACGAUGACACUGGUGGCGACCCAGAAAUCAUCAGCGGUGGGCCGGGCCAAAAACAUGUUAAGGUGAAAGUUACGUCCCAAUACAUGAGAGGCUUCGACCACACCGUUUACGUCUAUGGCAAAAAGUAG